UCGCAGCAGUGGCAAAGGGCCGCCUACAAUUUCUUUUGAUGGCAUCUAUGCAAACAUGAGAAUGGUUCACAUACUUACAUCAGUUGUUGGAUCCAAAUGUGAAGUACAAGUGAAAAACGGAGGUGUAUAUGAAGGAGUUUUUAAAACCUACAGUCCUAAGUGUGAUUUAGUGCUUGAUGCUGCUCAUCGAAAACCUGCAGAAUCCAGUGUGGGGCCAAAACGGGAAGACAUAUUAGAGAGUAUCUUGUUCAAGUCUUCAGAUUUUGUUAUGGUGCAGUUUAAAGAUAUGGACACCAAUUAUGCAAGGAGAGUUCCUUCAGAAACAGAUGCUUUUACUGAUUCAGCCAUUGGUGUUAAAGUAAAUGGUGAACACAAAGAGAAGGACCUUGAACCAUGGGAUGGAGGCGAGACCACUACCACUGAGGAGCUUGAGGCUUUAGAGACAGAUGUUUCUAAUGGAUGGGAUCCUAAUGACAUGUUUCGUUACAAUGAAGAAAAUUAUGGCAUAGUAUCAACUUAUGACAGCAGUUUAUCUUCAUAUACGGUGCCCUUAGAGAGGGAUAAUUCAGAAGAAUUUUUAAAACGGGAAGCAAGAGCAGCUCAAUUAGCAGAAGAAAUUGAAUCAAGUGCCCAGUACAAAGCUCGGGUUGCCUUGGAAAACGAUGACCGGACAGAAGAAGAAAAAUAUACUGCUGUUCAGAGAAAUUCAAGUGAACGAGAAGGACAUGGUGUGAACACUAGGGAAAGCAAGUAUGUUCCAACUGGACAACGAAAUAGAGAUGUUCUGUCCUGGGGAGGAGGCAGACAAAAUUCACCAAGGAUGGGCCCGUCUGGAUCGGGCCCCUCAAUUUCAAGAUCUGGAUCCCAUACUUCAGACUUUAGUCCUAAUUCUGGAGCAGACCAAAGAGUAGUUAAUGGAGGUGUUCCCUGGCCAUCGCCUUGCCCAUCUCCUUCCUCUCGCCCACCUUCUCGCUACCAGUCAGGUCCCAACUCUCUUCCACCUCGGGCAGCCACCCCUACAAGGCCGCCCUCCAGGCCCCCCUCGCGGCCGUCCAGGCCCCCGUCUCACCCCUCUGCUCAUGGUUCUCCAGCUCCUGUCUCUACUAUGCCUAAACGCAUGUCUGCAGAAGGGCCACCACGGAUGUCUCCUAAGGCACAACGGCACCCUCGAGGUCACAGAGUCUCUACUGUUCCAAGAUUAUCCCCUAAAACACACAGGCCUAGGUCGCCAAGACAGAGCAGUGUUGGAAGUACUCCAGCUGGGCCAGCUCUGUCCUCUCCGCAAGCUGGUACUAUUCCUACUGAAUCAGUUGCCAUGCCUGUCCCAGCUGCAUCUCCCACACCUGCCAGUCCUGCAUCCAAUAGAGCAGUUACCCCAUCCAGUGAAGCUAAAGAUUCCAGGCUUCAGGACCAGAGGCAGAAUUCUGCAGCUGGAAACAAGGAAAAUGCUAAGCCAAGUGAGAUUUCUCCUAGCUUUACUAAACCUGAAAACAAAGGUGUAUCUUCAGUUGUUUCAGAACACAGAAAACAGAUUGAUGAUUUAAAGAAAUUUAAGAACGACUUUAGGUUACAGCCAAGUUCCACCCCAGAGACUGUGGAUCAACUGCUAAACAAAAAUCGAGAAGGUGAAAAAUCCAGAGAUGUGAUUAAAGAGAAAACAGAAUCAAACUCUAAAGAAUCUGUCAUUGAAACCAGCAGUAAUGCGAACUCUAACAGUGGCAGUAGCAAAUCGAAUAGUCCCAGUAUUUCUCCAUCAACUAGUAGUAGCUCUGAGCAGAAGCGAGGGCCAGAGGUAACCUCUCAGGGUGUACAGACAUCUGGACCUGGAAGUAAACAAGAUAAAGAGGAUAAAGAAGAGAAGAAAGAUACCUCUGAGCAAGUUAGGAAAUCAACACUUAAUCCCAAUGCAAAGGAGUUCAACCCUCGAUCUUUUGCUCAACCCAAGCCUUCUACUACACCAACCUCACCUCGUCCACAAGCUCAGCCUAGCCCUUCUAUGGUGGGUCAUCAACAGCCAACUCCUGUGUAUACUCAGCCUGUUUGUUUUGCACCAAAUAUGAUGUACCCGGUCCCAGUGAGCCCAGGCGUGCAGCCUUUGUAUCCUAUUCCCAUGACUCCCAUGCCAGUGAACCAAGCCAAGACCUAUAGAGCAGGUAAAGUACCAAAUAUGCCACAACAACGCCAAGACCAGCAUCAUCAGAGCACCAUGAUGCAUCCUGCCUCAGCCGCAGGCCCCCCUAUUGUAGCUACACCACCAGCCUAUUCAACACAGUAUGUUACCUAUAGUCCUCAACAGUUCCCUAAUCAGCCUCUUGUGCAACAUGUGCCACAUUAUCAGUCUCAGCAUCCUCAUGUUUAUAGCCCUGUAAUACAGGGUAACACUAGAAUGAUGGCACCACCAACACAUGCACAGCCUGGUUUAGUAUCUUCUUCAGCAACACAGUAUGGUGCGCAUGAGCAGACGCAUGCUAUGUAUGCAUGUCCCAAAAUACCAUACAGCAAGGAGACAGGUCCUUCUUUCUACUUUGCCAUUUCUACUGGCUCACUUGCUCAGCAAUAUGCCCACCCGAAUGCUACCCUGCAUCCACACCCUCCUCAUCCGCAGCCUUCUGCUACGCCAACAGGACAGCAGCAGAGUCAACAUGCUGGAAGCCACCCUGCUCCCAGUCCAGUGCAGCAUCACCAGCACCAGGCUGCUCAGGCACUCCACCUGGCAAACCCACAGCAGCAGUCAGCAAUGUACCAUGCUGGUCUUGCUCCAACCCCACCUUCCAUGACACCGGGCUCCAAUACGCAGUCUCCACAAAAUAGUUUCCCAACAGCACAACAAACAGUCUUCACUAUUCAUCCUUCCCAUGUUCAGCCGGCAUAUACCAAUCCGCCACACAUGGCCCAUGUACCCCAGGCUCAUGUACAGUCAGGAAUGGUUCCUUCUCACCCAACUGCCCAUGCUCCAAUGAUGCUAAUGACGACACAGCCACCUGGUGGUCCCCAAGCCGCCAUCGCUCAAAGUGCACUACAGCCCAUUCCAGUCUCGACAACAACACAUUUCCCCUAUAUGACGCACCCUUCAGUACAAGCCCACCACCAACAGCAGUUGUAAGGCUGAUCUGGAGUAACAAAGGCUGGAUACCUUUUGUAGGCCAAAUACCUUCCUUCCACUGCUUCUGCCAACUGGAAGCACAGAAAACUAGAAUUUCAUUUAUUUUGUUUAAAAAAAAAAAAAUUUGAUUUCUUGUAACAUCCAAUAGGAAUGCUAACAGUUCAUCUUGCAGUGGGAGAGAUUCGGACUGAGUAGAGGCAUGUGGGAACUUGUGGGUUAUUCCAUAAUUCCAUACACUGUAUCAGAGUCCUGCAGGUGCCCAAACUCUGCUUGCUGAAAACUGGAAGUUAUUUAUUUUUUAAUGACCCUUCAAAGUUAUGAACUCAUCAGCUAGCAAAAGAAGUAACACAAGUGAUUCUUGCUGCUAUUAUCACUAAAAAUCAAGACUCGGAGAUCCCUUUUACGUCUAAUAAACUUGAAACAGGUUCAGUAAAAAAAAAUUCUAAUCGUCAAACUGAUGGAUUAUUAUUUAUAAAUCACGUUUGAUGAAGUGAUCACUAUUGCAAGACAGUGAUGUAACUUUUAAGUUAAGAAAACUUUUACUUUGUAGAUAAUAUAAAAUAAAAACUUUAAAAAAAAAUUAAAAAAUAAAAAAAGUUUUAAAAACUGA